AUGCCCCUUUACAAUAAGAGCAGGAUCAACACACCGUGGACUUCGGCGGAAGAGGCGCGACUGAAGGACGAAGGAACCGUCAAGAAGCACUGGUAUAAGGGUGACUGGGAUGACGCUGUCGCAGAAGAUAAAGCUAACGAAGUCGUUUGCAAGGACAAAUUUCGGAGAAGAAAGCAGCGGGAUCAGCCAGAGACAGAGGGGGGACCGCCAAAGGAGGCUGCCAAGAUCGAAGACACAAGAAGCGGGGAACAUGUUGCGAUGCAAAAACUGUCGGAUGGUGACGCAGCACCAUUGGAUCAUAUGAAAGGACUCGACCAGCCCGAGGCGGCAACGGUGCCUAACGUAGAGCCGCCCUCGGACACAUCUGAGCCUAAGUUGUUUGAGCCUCCUCGACCAUCUCGUAUCAAAGUCAAGAGAACAGAAAGCUAUACUUCGCAACAGGGUGGCGAUGAUGGUCGAGGGUCCGAGACCGCGAAACUCGAAGUCCUACAAAUAGCUCAACAAACUUGGAAGGAUCCGAUUAUUGAUCGCGAUCACCUCUCCCGUUCUAAGAGAUGGCUCAACGGCUAA